AUGUUCAAGACGUCUGCACUCCUUGCGCUCUUGUCGGCCUCAUAUGGCUCGGCACAGUCGGGCUCCUGUCAACAGCCCAGCGGCGACUUCAACAUCACCUCGUUCCAGCUGUACCCCGAAAACCUCGACUUUGACCCGAGCAGGUGCCGCAUUUACAUGGGUGUUCUGUACAACGCCACCAUCGCCACCUAUGACAUCGCACAGCAGAGAGUGCUCGACGAGGUCAUCACCAUCCCCAACAUCAGCGGUGAUCCUCUGAUGCACGCCAGCGGCAUCCAGUAUGACGACCGAAACGACAGGCUCUCCGUCAUGCUCAACGCCGGCGCCGCCUUUGAUACUCAGGGUGCAAACACCGCGGGCGACAACAACGUCAUGAGCUACGACCUCAAGAGCAACACGAUCCGCUUCGUUGUCAACCUCAGCAACUACUCCGAUCCCGAGUUCAGGGGUUUCCAAGACAUGGAGCACGACAACGAGGGCAACAUCUUUGUCAUCGGGACGUUUGGUGGCAGCGUAUUCCGCAUCAGCGCCGAUGGCAGAAACGUGACCCAGUGGUGGCGGGCUUCCAACUCGUCUGACAGAGGCCUCACCGGCGUUGCCAAGUUGAACGAGACGACGCUGCUGAUCACCGACAACAACGACUCGCAGGUGUACCGCUACAGCAUGACGGAGAGCAACCAGCGCGUCCAGGUUGUGCUCUCAGGCGGCGCCAGUAUCAACCCCGACCUGGACGGCAUCUACUUGCCGCCCAUGCACAACGGCACCGUCCUGCUCGUGUCUACCCAGCUCAACGGCACAGUUGUCCUUCGUAGCAACGAUGGGUGGGCCACCGCCGACAGGCUCGGGGUCAUCCCCGAUAAGUUUGCCGACGAGCAGGGAUUCACCACCGCCUCGGUCGAGGCCGGAGGACGAAUCCUGUCCAUCCACGAGUACUUCGCCGACAGCGACGGCACCAAGCCCGGCAACAGGUCUCAGUUCCCCGUUGCCGACAUCACCGAUAGCGUCGAGGAGCUGCUUGCUGGAAACCCAUCCGGUGCUAAGGGCACGAGCGCCAGCGCUUCCGGCGUCCCGGCCUCUCCGGAGGGCGGCUCUGGGAGAGCGAUUGUGUCUUGGGGCGCCCUUGGUGCCGCUGCUGGUCUGGUUCUCCUGCUGAUUUAA